ACUCCACGUGUCGAAGCUCACCACAGACGUGCCAGCGUCGCCGAGGAACCCAGCAGAAAAAUAUGGGAAAUGGCGACGACGAGAAGGUGGAAGGCCUCCACCACUCUCGACAGCCCCCGCACGGCGAGACUUCCUCCUCCUCCCCCUCCUCCCGCCACGCCACGAAGCGACGACGCGCGCACGGCGCGGCAGCAGCCAUGGCCGACCGCUUCUUUCCCAACGACCUCCCCGACUUCGUCGCCGAGGCACCCGACGGCGGCGGCCCUCCCGCCGCCGGGCUCCGCGGCCUGCUCUCUCUCCCCUACCCCAGGCUCUCCGACCGGCUCCUCCGCGCCGCCCUCCGGCUCAAGGACAAGGUCGUGCAAGAGACGUGGACUAGGACGGGGGGCCAGGUGACGGACUACACGCUCUACACGGGCGCGCUAGGGACGGCGCUACUGCUGUUCAAGGCCUUCCAGGUCACCGGCGACCGUCGUGAUCUCAACCUCGCCAGCGACAUCGUCCAAGCCUGUGAUGUCGCGUCGCUUGGCCUACCGCGCAGGUUCUUGACUUUCAUAUCCGGGAGGGCUGGCGUCUGCGCUCUCGGAGCAGUGAUCGCAAAGCAUUGCAAUGAUCAGUUGAUGGUGACCAACUUUCUGAGCUCGUUUGAUGAGAUAAUUAUCACAGAGAAAGUUCCAAACGAGCUGCUGUAUGGAAGGGCGGGUUAUUUGUGGGCUUGCUUGUUCCUGAAUGAGCAUCUCAGUGACAAGACAAUUCCUGCUGAACACAUUAGUUCUGUGGCAAAGGACAUAAUUAGGGAGGGAAGGAAGCUGUCGAACAAGGGGAGCUGCCCACUGAUGUAUGAGUGGCAUGGGAAGAAGUACUGGGGUGCUGCCCAUGGACUUGCUGGAAUCAUGCAUGUUCUGAUGCACACUGAAUUGAAGCUGGAUGAGCAGGAUGACGUGAAGAAUACUCUGCGGUACAUGAUCAGUAACCGGUUUCCAAGUGGAAACUAUCCCUCGAGUGAAGACAGUGAAUCCGAUCGCCUGGUGCAUUGGUGCCAUGGUACCCCUGGUGUUGCUCUUACACUUGCUAAGGCAUAUCAGGUGUUCCAAGACGAUCACUUCAAGCAGUCCGCUGCAGAGGCUGCUGAAGUUGUCUGGAACCGUGGUCUUCUCAAGCGAGUUGGAAUAUGCCACGGUAUAAGCGGGAAUGCCUAUGUAUUCCUCUCACUUUACAGGCUAACAGGCAAUGUUGAGUAUCUCUACCGGGCUAAGGCUUUUGCUUGCUUUCUGCUUGAAAAUGCUGAUCGAUUGAUUGCUGAGGAGGCCAUGCAUGGUGGUGACCGUCCGUUUUCAUUGUUUGAAGGAAAGGCUGGGAUGGCAUACCUCCUUUUAGACAUGGUUAACCCCUCUGAAUCAAGGUUCCCCGCCUACGAACUUUGAGUUCCAGCAUCAAUCUAUGUAGGCCCAGCGAUCCGUCUGUCCAAACAAUCUGAGUUAAGUAGUACUUGUCUUCUUAUCUACCCUGUAAAAUGUACCUUGGUGCGGUUGAUAUCCUUGUGAAGUUUAGUAUUUCUGACUCUGCAAACUUGAACCUUUGUGAAGUAUGUUCUUGACGGAGUUCUGGUAAUAAUGCUCGUCUUUGUGUUGAA